UGUCCAUAGCUGGCAACACACGCAGUACCACUGGUUUUUCCAGGUUGGACGCCUGUACAUUAUAUCAGUUAGUUUCUAGUCAUGAAGUAAAAUGUUUGUUACAUUGUUAUUUCUGUCCGUCUUUCCAAAAAUCUUCACCGCUGUGGUACCUCAAGCUGCUUGUUCUCCCGACGAGUUCACGUGUUCAGACGAUGUCUGUAUCAGCCAGGGUCUGGUGUGUGAUGGUCACUCUGACUGCUGGAACGCAGCUGAUGAAAUGGCUUGCAACGGACUAUCGGACCCGCUCUCCGAUUUGAUGAUCCGCAGACCCAAACGUCAGACGCAAAAUUGUCGCAAGAACCAGUGGCAGUGUCGUGACGGCACCUGCAUAGGGUUCGACGGUAAAUGUGACGGUGUGGUCGACUGUCCCGACUUCAGCGACGAGACCUUCGCGCUGUGCAGGGACAUGCAAUGCCAGAGCAAUUGGUUCCGCUGUACUUACGGCGCCUGCGUCGACGGCAGCGCCCCUUGUAAUGGUGUACAGGAGUGCGCUGAUAACUCCGACGAGUUGCUGCCUAGGUGCCGCAAUCAAACAAUUGGUUCCAGGGGUAAGCACACGUGCGACAAUGGUCAGGUGAUAUCCUCGGUGGAUAUAUGCGAUGGGAAGAAGGACUGCGCUGAUGGCUCUGACGAGACCCUCGCCACCUGCGCCGGGAACAGCUGUCCGUCAUACGUGUUCCAAUGUGCGUAUGGAGCCUGUGUGGACCAGAACGCGAAGUGCAACAAGGUGGAAGAGUGUGCUGAUGGUUCUGACGAAACGGACGAGCUCUGCAACAGGCUGGCGCCGGGUCAGCCGGUGACUCCAGCCACGAGACCACCACCUCAGGGGGGUAAUUGUCUGUUGCCCCCAUACCCUCAGUAUGGGUCGUACAAGGUCAGACAGUACCCCAACGCGGUCCCCGGCCAGAGGUAUCCCAACGUGAGGCUGGACGUCACCUGUAACCCUGGCUUCCAGACUGAAAACAAUAACAGCAUCUUCUGCGAUAACGGAGAGUGGUCAGGACCUAUGCCAGCGUGUCUCCGUUUCUGCAGGCUUAACAAACACCCGAGCGUGGAGUACCGCUGUCUGUUGUCUGGCAACUCGGUGACAGGGUCCAGAGAGUGUGGCUCAUUGGAGCCGUCUGGGACCGUCGUCACCCCCAUCUGCCGCUCCCCCAAUUACUACUCCUCGGGGGUAAUGUCCAACAUGCACUGCGUUGAAGGCAGUUGGGACUAUAUAGCUGUGUGCAAACCAGAGUGCGGCACAAUAACUCCUGAGGGUAUCCAGCUGGUGAUCGGCGGGCGGUCUGCCAAGCGCGGGGAACUCCCGUGGCACGCGGGGAUUUACAGCAAAUUAUUCACACCUUACAUGCAGAUAUGUGGCGGGUCGCUCAUCAGUACAACCACUAUUAUAUCCGCCGCACAUUGUUUCUGGAGCGACACCAAGAAGCUGCUGCCCGCGUCCGAAUACGCGGUGGCUGUUGGGAAGCUGUACCGACCUUACAACGAAAAACACGACGCUGACGCGGAGAAAUCUGAUGUGGCAGAUAUUAUAAUUCCGUCCCGCUUUCGAGGGUCUGGUGCCAACUUCCAGGAUGACAUCGCGCUGGUUUUGGUCGUGACGCCCUUCAUAUACCAGGUCUUCAUUAGACCUGUCUGUCUGGACUUCGACGUCAACUUCGACAGAACCCAGCUCUCGGAAGGGAAUAUGGGCAAGGUAGCCGGCUGGGGUCUGACUGACAAAAACGGUAAAGCGUCCCAAGUGCUGAAGGUGGUAGAUCUUCCUUACGUCAAAAUUGAGGACUGCUACGCCAUGUCCCCGCCGACGUUCCGCGCUUACAUCACAAGCGACAAGAUCUGCGCCGGUUACACUAACGGCACGACGCUCUGCCAGGGCGACAGCGGCGGCGGCCUGGCGUUCCCCGCCUACGAACUCAACACCCAGAGGUACUACCUGCGAGGCAUCGUGUCCACAGCUCCCAGGAACGACGACCUUUGCAACGCCCACACCCUCACCACGUUCACGGCUGUAUCGAAACACGAGCAUUUCAUCAAACAGUACCUCUAGCCGCCAUUUUGAAUACUUACUCUAUUUUGGUGUAGUCCUUGCUCCGUUGUGGGAAAGUUUUAGGUUUUAGUUAGGAGUACAGAACCAGAGGUGAGAGUCGUAUGUCGUCUGAAAGCAAAUCCAGCUUCGGAGGUAGUUCUAUAGAUCCGACGGGACGAUUUAUAAGAAUUUUGUAAAUAUCUUCACUACGUAUAUAGCGAACUAGUAUUUUAUAAGAAAAACUUAAACCACACAAAUUAAAUGCGACGGAUUUUAAACUUGCUCAAGUUACAUGUAUAAGACUUCACAGUGAUUUAUUUAUUAUAACAUAUAUUUAAUUGUAUUUUCUUGUUAAAUUUACACAAAAACUACAAAUUUUUUAAAAAUACCUUCGUCG